AUGCGUGAAUUAGAUAAACCUCGCUCAGGAAGUGGAGGACUUGUCAAGACAACUAGCUCAUGGGCAUAUUUCCAACAACUCUUGUUCCUUCAGAACGUCGUAGUACCAUUAUAUGAAUCAAGAGAUGACAAUCUAACAUCCACACACCCUUCACAGAUUAUAACUAAUGAGCUUCAGACACAACACACUUUUGAGGAUGAUCAGACCGAAACAAUUCAAAAUUCGCUCUUAUCAGAAAUGAAUAAAGAAAAUGAGAGCGACGCUGACAUGCUUUCCGCUACAGCUCCAGGGCCACCGGAUAUUACAAAUAUUCAGCCAGGGUCAUCGAAGCAAUUACCUCAUGGCAAAAGCAAUUUUCGCAUGAUACGAGCGAAUUCAAAUAAAAGGAAACUUAACGCUGGGAGUGAAGGUCGUUCUUACAAUGCAGCUACUAAAGAAAUUGAAACACGCAAAGUAGACCUACUGGAAAGGGAAAUAAACGCAGAAGAGGAUCCAAAUUUAUUAUUUUUUAAAAGUUUGCUUCCGUUUAUGAAGGCGUUUACACCAACUCAAACACUACGGCUUCGUACAAAAAUUCAAGAAAUAAUUUUGAUCGAGCACGAGGCCAUGCAGCAGGGUCCGGUAGAGCUAGUAGGACCAACAUUACCGAAUUUAUGA